GAAGUAACACGUUUGAAAGAACAUGACUCUUUUUACGUAGAUCUACACACCUGAAAGUGCUUGUAUCGCACAUGCAGUACCGCCAACAUGCUAUUGCUAGCACUAGGUCGACUAGAGUCUGAAGUCGUGCUGUAGCCGCACACGGAUAAUACUAAAAAGGAUUGUCACUGCGAUCCAGUUCCGAGUGUUUGGCCCCAGACGAGAGAGGAGAUGUUCCACUGUCCUGCUCUCUACAGUCGGGAAGAAGCCUGAAGUCAAGAACAGCUCUGUUCUGAAGUGCAUGCACGGAUAAAGGAAGCCUGACUCUGUGGGGUCUACCAGGUCUACUGGCACUGCGCCCCUCUUACCAGCGGCGCACCACAGCUAGCUCUGCACCUCCAGCCAGAGUCGACGCUCUCACCCACCAGCCAUACAGUAACUGUUGUUGUAGUUCUCGCAGCGCGCCAUGAUUUUCACUGUUGGUAAAUGACCGUUGCCCUAGCAUAGCAGCUAUUGGAGGCCAUUGUAGCAGGUUAUUAUACACGAAGAGAAAGAGAACAAGCGAUGGAGAACUCUAGCGGGCAGCGGACGGCAACGGAAGAGCCAGAGAAACUCCACCAGGAGGACUUCCAGCGCGAAGCCGACAGUGUUCCGGAGAAGUUACGGCUGCUCAAGUCGACCGGCGGAAAUGCAUUUCCUAGCGAGGAUGAUGAUGAAGAUGAUGAGGUUGCCAGUGCAGAUGAAGGAGCCUACUACACGGUAGCUGAUGCGCUGGAUCGCAUAGGUGUGGGCAGAUUCCAUUAUAAGCUGCUGGUAGUCGUCAGCAUUAUAUCAGUCGCUGGAGGGCUUGGCUCGACGGGGUUUGCCCUGUUCCCGCCGCUAGCUCGCUGUCAUCUGGGUCUGAGGUCGAUUCAUGAGGCCUUCCUGACCAGUGCACCGCUGGUCGGUGCUGCUAUAGGUGGUGUGGCUCUGGGAUAUGUAGCAACACGAUGGGGUCGACGAACAGAACUGAUUAUCAUGAUGGUGUGGACGAGUUUCUUUGGCUUCCUGAGCGCCGCUGCUCCCACGUACUGGUGGCUGAUCACACUGCGUGUUCUAGUUGGCUUUGGGCACGGCGGAACAGGACAACGACUUUCCAUAUUAUUCGAGUACUUACCGAAGAAGGAUCGUACUCUGGGAGCAGGCGUUCUGACGUUUUGCUGGAACAUUGGCAAUUUCCUGGAGGCCGUGCUCAUCAAGUUUCUCAUCCCGACGGGCGUUGCGUGGCGCUUGAUUCUGAUCGCCGAUGCUUUCGUUUUUGGUAUCGCUCUGCUGUUCUUCAAGUGGCUACCUGAAUCGUGUUUCUACCUUAUGGCAAGGGGCCAAAGGACAGAGGCUCUCAGACUUCUAACAAAGGCGGCAACCGAAAACAACAAGAAGUUACCGAUUGGCACGCUCGUAACGGCCGAUGAGAAGGAAAAAUACAUGAACAAAGUGGUG